AUGACCAACACCGAAAACUACCAGGUCUUCCGCGAGUGCCUGUCCACGGCUAUCGUGGAGAAAUUCUCCACCCCGGCGCAGCCCAAGAAGGCUCGUCGCACGCGCGGCGCCGUUUCUCAGCGCCAGAAGACGCGCAAGGACACUUCGGGGACUUCCGCUGCUGCUGCUGCUGCUGCUGCUGACGCCUCGCAAUCUCUCCCUGACCGUGCGAGUCCGGAGGAAUUGGCUGAGUUUAUUGAUUUCCUCGCAGCCGAAACCUUCCCCGCCCUGCCCCCCUCCAUCCAAACCCUAACCUACACUCCUCCACCACUACCACCACCGCCAACAACAACAACCACAACACCAAGCACCAGAAAUCCACCGACAACAAACCCCUCCACUCCCACCACUACCACCGCUAGCUACGAAAUCAGCGCAACCGAAACCGACCCCCGCGCCCUCGCCGAAACCCUCUGCAGCACCACCCUCCCCGCCUCCGUCCACGACACCCUAACCACCUACGCCCUGCUUGCCGACAACCCCGUCAAGCAUGGCGCAGACGCUGACGCUGACGCCGACGCCCUCGCAACCUUCUUCACCCCGAUCCUCACCGAGUACAUCACGGCCGUGACGCGCCCGCCCCCCGUCUGGGCGACGACCCGCACCGACAGCUGCGAGAUCUGCGGCCGCGACUGGAUCCCGCUGAGCUACCAUCACCUCAUCCCGCGCAGCGUGCACGCCAAGGUCCUCAAGAAGGGGUGGCAUCCGGAGUGGAUGCUCAACAGUGUCGCGUGGCUGUGCCGCGCAUGCCAUAGCUUUGUGCAUCGGAUGGCGGGCAAUGAGGAGCUGGCCAGGGAGUGGUUCACCGUCGACCGGAUCUGCGAGCGCGAGGAUGUGAGGGUUUGGGCCGCUUGGGUGGGCAGGGUUAGGUGGAAGGCUAGAUGA